CUGCCCGAAGGUCUUGCUCAGCGCCAUCAUCAUCAUCUCGGCGGCGGCGGCGUGAGGCAAGGCCGGGAGGGAUGGAGCAGGCCGGGCCGGGAAAAAGCGACGGGAGGCGGCCGCGGCCUAACUGGGAGGGCUAGUGCGCACGCGCAGCCACGGCAGCCACGCUCCUUGCCGGCGGCGGGAGGGCGACGGAGGCCACGCCCCAUGCCCCUCCCUCCUCCCUGCUGCGCUUCCAGCUCCUCACUGCGCCUGCGCGAGGGGAAGGGCGGGUUUUCCUUUCUUUCUUUCCUCCUCCCACGCCGGAGGGGGGAAGGUUAUGAAAAGGAAACCCCGCCCCUUCCCUCCCCUGGAGGGCGGGAUUGGCUGAACUCUAGGGGUGGAGCCUGUCCGCAGGCCUUUGGCUGCGCCGCGCAAAAAGCCCUCUAGAGGGCGCUCCUACCUCCCUUCUGACUGGUGCUCCCUGCAGCCCGGACUGUCUGAACUGGGGUGAGCGAGUUAUUUAUGUAUUUAUUUUAUUUAUUUAAUUUCUAUACCGCCCUAUACCCGAAGGUCUCAGGGCGGUUCAUAUAAAAUAUCAAAUACAUAAAAUCAAAACGAAACCAGCAACCCAAUAAAACCCUCCAAAAGAGCCAGUAUUUUAAAAAAAUGGUAUAGGAUGUAGGUCAAGUCAGGCAAAGGCCUGGCUGAAAAGGAACGUUUUUGCCUGGCGCCUAAAGGUGUAUAGUGAAGGCACCAGGCAAACUUCCCUGGGGAGAGCAGUUGCACUAUCUUCACCAUGGCUGUCAACUUUCAGAUUUGAAAAUAAGGGAUCAGCAGCCUCGAAAAUAAGGGAUCAGCAGCCUCACCUGUCCUGGGGACAGUCUAUGGGAUAUCUAACAAUCCGGGAUAGCAGCUGGAAGCAGCGGGAAAUGGCGCUGCAAUAAGGGAAUUUCCUGCAAAAAAAGGGAAGGUUGACAGCUAUGAUCUUCAGUUGGGGAGUUCAACUGCCUGAGCGUGGGAAUCAACCGCCAAGCCUGGAGAUCUGCUGCAUCUGAAACUGCUGCUGGUGGAUCCUACCCUGGUAUUGCUCCUUAAACUAGCCAAUCCUAACAGUUUAGGAGGGUGGGAAAAAUCCAAGUCAUUUCGCAUUUUGAGUACCUGAUUCACACUCCCUGAAAUGGAGACACAGCAAGAGGCAGUGAGCUAAUGAGAUGCCCCUUUCAAAGUGCGCAGGGACAAAGGCUGGAUGGGAUGAGAUUCUCACAUUAACAACAACAACAAAUAUCUAGCCUUUGUUCUUAACUGUUGUCUUCAACCCCCCCCCCCCCCGGAAACCAAGACCAGUUAUUUCUGUUGCACCUUUCAUUUCCUCCUGAGAGAGGCCAUGCAGAUCUGAAAGAACAUGCAAGUUAUUCAAGCUGAAGAUAGCUAAAAACAAAACAAAACCUAAACCCAUAUUGAUUUGCAGUUAACCAACUGCACAAUCCAUACAUCUUGCCACCAGAUGGAGAUACUGUAUGUGUCUGAGCUCUCUCUCUCUCUCUCUCUCUCUCUGUGUGUGUGUGUGUAAGAGAGAGAACUGCAACCACAAUAUUGUACCUCUUCAUCAGUGAGGGGGAAUGCAGUGAGGAUCUAGGAAAGAGUUCGUGUUUUGAGUCACUUUGAGGGUGUAGCUGCUUUCUUUUUAGCAAAGCUGCUGCCCUCCUCCUGCACCCUGAGACAGUUAUUAAGAGGCUGACAUAUUUGCAUAGGGACACGGGUGGAGCUGUGGGUUAAACCACAGAGCCUAGGACUUGCCGAUCGGAAGGCCGGCGGUUCGAAUCCCCAUGACAGGGUGAGCUCCCGUUGCUUGGUCUCUGCUCCUGCCAACCUAGCAGUUCGAAAGCACGUCAAAAGUGCAAGUAGAUAAAUAGGUACCACUCCGGUGGGAAGGUAAAUGGUGUUUCCGUGCGCUGCUCUGGUUCGCCAGAAGCAGCUUAGUCAUGCUGGCCACAUGUCCCAGAAGCUGUACGCCGGCCAGAUUACGUCUGUAAUCUGAAGCGUAUGUAACCUGAGAUACCACUGUACAAUAUUUUUUUCUCAAAACAACAUAUACAGUGGUACCUCAGGUUACAUACGCUUCAGGUUACAGACUCCACUAACCCAGAAAUAGUGCUUCAGGUUAAGAACUUUGCUUCAGGAUGAGAACAGAAAUCGUGCUCUGGCGGCACAGCAGCAGCAGGAGGCCCCAUUAGCUAAAGUGGUGCUUCAGGUUAAGAACAGUUUCAGGUUACGUAUGGACCUCCGGAACGAAUUAAGUACUUAACCCGAGGUACCACUGUACAGUUAUAAAAAGCAUACAUUAUUCAAAAUUAAAAAGGUGUCAUUAAAUGCAUCCCAGGGCCUCUGAAUCUGGAACAGAUGAGUAAAAUCUGUCUGCAUCUGGUUGUUCUCUUUUCUUCAACCAGAUCUCCACUCACCCUCUUUAUAGCAGCGUAUGUUUGCAGUUGUUGACAUGCUAUAAAUUACAACUUGGAGAGGCACUCCCACCAUGGCAUCCUGCCGGAAAUUAUAUUCCAGUGUUUACUUCAGGCUUCAGGCUGUUUUUGAAGGAAACAUGGCUGCUGGAGGCACUCUCGACCAGGAAGAAAUGACUUGCCCUGUUUGCCACCAACCUUUCUUGGACCCAGUGAUUACUGACUGUGGGCACAGUUUCUGCCUCGCUUGCCUCAUCCUGUAUUGGAGUGACUCUGAUGCAGCAGGUUCUUGCCCUCAGUGCGGAAAACCUUUUAAAGAAGGCAGCUACAGGCGGAACCAUGAGCUAGCAAGGCAUGCAGGGGAAUCUACAAAAUCUAAAGAAGGGGAAGAUGCGAAAAGCAAGACAGGAAUGUGUGAUAAGCCGGAGGAACUCCUGGAAUCCUGUGAGGGUGAUGAUCGAAUGGUUCGAAAGAAAAAGGUAGGAAACUAGGGAGGGGAGGGAGGGAAAUGAAUUUGGCUUGCUUACUUUAAAAAAAGUUCAUUUGAUUCACAUGUAUCUCUUCCACAAAAUUUAUGCAUACAAACCAGAAAGCAGUUUACAAAAAUAAUAAAACAAUAAAGUUAUCGAUAAAAGCAGUUAAACAGCAUUUAAAACAUUCAAAAAGUAAUUAAAAUCUGCAAUAAGCUGAAAACAGAAUAAAGCAUAUGCUACCCUCUGCUUGCUCAUAAUUAACCCGCCAUGGGCCCACACUUUAGCUUGGUCUUUUAGGAACACAGAGUGACACUGUACAAUGUUAUAAAUGAGACCCUCCCCUACUGAUGGACUUGGGAAAUUGUUGUCACCAAAUCAACUAGGGUUGCUAGGUCAGGAGAAUGAAAUUUCAAGGCCCAGACCUGAGACCUAAGGGAGCCCCCUGUUGAUGUCAUUGGGGCAGGCCCUGGAGACGGAGGUUAAUUGGGAGAAGGGAUUGGAGGAGGACAGCCUCCUCACUGAGUGUCUGUGCUAUGAUUUGCAACUGGCUCCUACUGGGCUGAGGCUUGCAAGUUAGAUGUACAAAAUUCUUAAUUACUAUUAAUAAUGCAUAGUAGAGGAAAUUGCAUACAAAUGUAUGUAUAUUGGGGGAAAAACGCUGUAAAAUGCUGGUGAAUUUUCAUGAGCUGCUCCUUUCUAUUUAUUUAAUAUGUUGGCAAAGUGGUGCAGAAUUGUGACAAAUUGAACAUAAGAUUGGUGGUGGGGGGGAAUGAAAAACACCAGAAUGCACAGAUUCAUUCAUCCCUACUUCUUGAUAUCGCAAGUGACACCUUGGCUUCUAAAGCCUCAUCGGUGGUGUUAUGUACUGAAGUUCUCACCCUGGGCCAGCAGGGGGAUACUGUAGAUAGUUUUCACUCAGGUCCACAUAUGCAAAUAAGGGAUUGAAAGUGACGUUCAGCGAUUGGAUAGUUACAGAAAAUGGUUACUGUUGCGUUGUAGUGGAGCUGUAUAUAAGCAGGCUGGCUGAACCUUCAGUUCAGUUCUGUUCUGGCCUGUGAAUAAACAAGAGCUGUUUGAAGAAUCACUGUGCCAUCUGAUAUGUUCACCCACAACUUAACAGGUGGUAUUGUAUCUUUCUGGUUAAUUACUCUGGUUGUGUAGAAGAACUCAGCUGUUACAUUUCCAUGUUGGGAGGGGGGAGGAAAACGAAGGAGUGGAUGGAGUUGUACUUCUAAAUCAAGAACUUUACUAAGAAACAUCUGAUUUUUAAAAAUAUUUUUAAGGGAACCAUGAUACCGAAAGGGACGUCCACACUGCUUGUAGUUAUGGAAGAAGACAUUAAGUGCCCUAUUUGCAUAGACUAUUUAACAGACCUUGUGACUCUGGAUUGUGGCCAUAACUUUUGUAAGGCCUGCAUCAACCAUUACUGUGAGAUAUGGAAGGAAAUCGGUCCACUGGAAUGUCCUAUCUGCCAAACCAAGAUCCAGAAAGGGAAUUACCGGCCAAACUGGCUGCUGACCAGCAUUGUAGAAAACUGCAAACGCUGCAAAGGAGCACUGUGUGACAGACACAAGGAAAAACUUCUACUGUUCUGCAAAGAAGACAGAGAAUUGCUAUGUUCCAAGUGUGAACAUUCUCCACAGCACAGCCAGCACUCAGUGGUUCUCCUGGAGCAUAUUGAACAGGUAGGAACUACCGUAUUUUUUGCACCAUAACACUCACUUUUUUCCUCCUAGAAAGUAAGGGGAAAUGUCUGUGCGUGUUAUGGAGCGAAUGCCUACGGGUGGCAGGGGGAUCUGCUGCAGUUGUGAGCAGAGGAUCCAUGGUUCCCCUUCCUUCCCUCCUCCAUGGCUCGCUUUGAAACAGCAAAGCGGGAGAAGAGCCGCUGAGUGGGGAGGAGAGAGGGACAGAGAGCCUACUUGCUUUAAAGGAGCAAAGCGGGAGAGGAGAGGAGCCGCUUACACGAGUCCAGAGCUGUUUUUUUCAGCGAGCCGGGGAGGAGGGAGACAACAGCUCGCUAAAUAGCAGCAAAGUUUUUCGCAAGCAGGCUCUCUGUCCCUCUCUCCUCCCCAUUCAGCUGGCUUAAAUAGCAGCAAAGUUCUUCAGUGAGCCAGGGAGGAGGGAGAGAAGCAGAGCCUUUAAAGGAGCAAAGCGGGAGAGGAGAGGAGCUAUCUCCUCUUAUACCCCUCUUCUGCAUUAUUAACAGCAUCCUUCUCCACCCACCCCACGCGUGUUCCUUGUCCCUUGAGUGCUUUUCCUUCCCUCCCCACUUAAAACGUGGUUACAAAGCACAGAUCCACAUGGAUCCUCAGGAUUUUGCAUUGGGCUACCCCAAACUCACUGUCAGAUCACAUGUCUGUGGCCACAGCAUGAACCACAAAAAUCAUACAUCUACUGUUUCGUUUAGAAUAUUUUUUUUCUUGUUUUCCUCCUCUAAAAACUAUGUGCGUGUUAUGGUCAGGUGCGUGUUAUAGAGCGAAAAAUACGGUAGUCUAGAUAAGCCCCAAACAACAUUGUUUUGCAAUGCAGAUCUCUGACCAAAAACAAAAUAGGUUACAGAAGGCAUAUAUAUAUAUAUGAGGGGGAAACGCAGUGCGUUUAUUGGUGAAAAUAAAAUGCAAAAUUAUGUUGUAUUAGGGGGAAAUGAGUUCCAAAAAAUUUCUUAUAUGGAGAGCAGUUCUGUCCAUCCCACCCACCAGUUUAGAUAUUUGUACUUUAAAUUUUUUGGCACUCCAGGUUCCAUGGAAAUCUUUGCCACUCUAAUGGUGAUAGGAGUGGGUUGAAUCCUGUGUUGUAGCUGUUACCCCCUGCCCAACCCCCAUGGCUCAAGUUUGACAAGUGGGUAGGAUCACCUGACAUAAUUAGGAGCUGCUAGACCCAUACCAAAAGGGACGCAGGUGGCGCUGUGGGUUAAACCACAGAGCCUAGAACUUGCCGAUCAGAAGGUUGGCAGUUCGAAUCCCUGCGACUGGGUGAGCUCCCGUUGCUCAGUCCCUGCUCCUGCCAACCUAGCAGUUUGAAAGCACAUCAAAGUGCAAGUAGAUAAAUAGGUACCGCUCCGGCGGGAAGGUUAACGGCGUUUCCAUGUGCUGCUCUGGUUUGCCAGAAGCGGCUUAGUCAUGCUGGGCACAUGACCCGGAAGCUGUACGCUGGCUCCCUUGGCCAACAAAGCGAGAUGAGCGCCGCAACCCCAGAGUUGGCCACGACCGGACCUAAUGGUCAGGGGUCCCUUUACCUUUACCUAGACCCAUACCUGAACCUCAGCUGACUCCUAUCAAGUCUCUUCUCUCCGGACGUCUCCUUGAGAGGAGGAUUUUACUCCUGAGGAGUCCUUGCCAGUAACUGACUACUGAUGGGAAUGGGCUGGGUUUGUAUUGGGCACUGCCUUUCUCUAGGGCUCAGGACCCAUUUGGCUUCAGUGUCAGAGGACUAACCUUGGUUGUGAACAGCCCCUACUUAGUUUUGUGUGAGGACCCCAACUCCCUGCCCCCAGAUGGAGCCUGAUUCAGAACUUGGUGUAGGGCUCCCCCAGCUGGGACGUGACAAGGUGAGAUUCACCUCCCCACACUUUUAGUCUGAAGUGGUACAGUCAAACCUCAGUUGUUGAAUGUAAUCCAUUCCAGAAGACUGUUCAACUUCCAAACGGAGAGCCAGUGUGGUGUAGUGGUUAAGAGUCACGUAAUCUGGGGAACUGGGUUCGUGUCUCCGCUCCUCCACAUGCAGCUGCUGGGUGACCUUGGGCCAGUCACACUUCUCUGAAGUCUCUCAGCCCCACUCACCUCACAGAGUGUUUGUUGUGGGGGAGGAAGGGAAAGGAGAUUGUUAGCCACUUUGAGACUCCUGAAGGGGAGUGAAAGGCAGGAUAUCAAAUCCAAACAACUCUUCUUCUUCUUCUUCUUCUUCUUCUUCUUCUUCUUCUUCUUCAAAAUGUUCGACAACCGAGGUUCAAAUGGCUGUAGGCAAAGUCAGUGGAGAAAAAAUAUCAAAACUCUCCGGGAGCCAUUCAGCUUCCGAAAAUCGUUCAAAAAUCCGAGCAGUUACUUUGGGUUUUUGGCGUUCAGAAGCCAAAACAUAAGAUAAUGGAGGUGUUUGGGAACCAAGGUUUGACUGUACAAACCAGUUUUUUAUUUUUUUAAAAAAUAAGAAAUAAGAAAUAAAAUAAAAAUGUACACCCCACUUCCGAGACCAUUCCAUUGUAACUAUCCAACCUCCCAAAAUUUGAACACCUCUUGAGAUGGUUUGACCCUUUUCCGUUUUAACAGUAAAUAUUCUACAAAUACCUUCCAUAGCUCCUCAAAAUAAUCUCUCCUGCAUAUUCCCCAUUUUACCUGACAAGGUGAGAUUCAAGGCGAAUAUAUAUACCACAAAAGCGAUGAGGAACCUGCUGUGGCCCUUCUGUCACCAGAUACUGAUGUGGACUCCUCUUAUACAUAAAGACCUAACUGCCCUGAGGUUUACCAAUAGGGAUGCAGGUGGCGCUGUGGUCUAAACCACUGAGCCUCUUGGGCUUGCUGAUCAGAAGGUUGGCAGUUCGAAUCCCCAUGACGGAGUGAGCUCCUGUUGCUCUGUCCCAGCUCCUGCCAACCUACCAGUUCGGAAGCAUGCCAGUGCAAGUAGAUAAAUAGGUACCACUGUGGCGGGAAGGUAGAUGGCGUUUCUGUGCGCUCUGGUCCCGUUGUGCCAGAAGCGGUUUAGUCCUGCUGGCCACAUGACCCGGAAAGCUGUCUGUGGACAAACGCCGGCUCCCUCGGCCUGAAAGUGAGAUGAGCGCCGCAACCCCAUAGUCACCUUUGACUGGACUUAACUGUCCAGGGGUCCGUUACCUUUACCUUUAAACCUACAGUUUACCACUGCCUGUUUACAGAUUCCCUCCCACUAGAAAGCUCUGACAGGGUGGCAAGGGAGACUUUGGGAUCUUUCUUUUCAAGCAUUUAAUUCAACACAGAAGGGUUGUUAGAGGCCAAAGUAAACAGGAUGGACAAAGUACGAUUCCUAUAUAUCAGCCAUGUAAAUAAAAGUGAUGUUAAUGACAGACCUCCAACUGCUCGUGUUUACUUACAGAGAAUCUGUCACAGAUUGGUGAACCUUUGAAGAUACAUUCAAUGGUUCAGUUAUUAGGCAGUGUCCCUGCUCAAUUUCCCUUAUAAUAUGCGACUUAAGUGUUCACAUAACACUGCACAGGUGAUCAAUGUCAUUUUAUUAUAAAACCAAUAAAAUAUUCCCCCAAAAGGGACACAUCCUAGGACAGGAGAAGGGUGGGGGAGGAUAUGUCAUGGGGCCAAAGAGAGCUUCCCAGAGGGCUGCAUUUGGCCCCUGGGCCUGCAUGUCCCCACACUUGCCCCAGGACCUAGGGAAUAAAGAAGAGAAGAUCCCUCAAGACUGGUGAAUCAUUCACUGCUUAGCUCAUAAUGUGGAGUUUAGGAGAAUUCCCAUGUUCGCUGGCUAGCAGAAGCGUCACACAUCCAGGAUUUUCAUCUGAGCCAGAGAAUAAUUUUGUGGUUCUACGUUUUCUUUCCUGAGCCUGAGAAGAAAUUCACUGGUACAGUCAUACCUUGGGUUGAAUGUGCUUCAGGUUGAGCGCUUUCGGGUUGCGCUUCGUGGCAACCUGGAAGUAAUGGAGCACGUUACUUCUGGGUUUUGCCGCUUGUGCAUGCGCAGACACUCAAAAUGAUGUCACGCGCAUGCAUGGAAGUGGCAAAACGCGACCCACAGAUGCGCUGUCGCGUCUUACGUUCUAUUCAAACUCAUUCUAUGUUCUGUCCCUGUAGCUGAGACCUCAUUUAUCUUCUUGUCUUUUUCAGGGGAUCAGAAGGAACUUGAACAGGUAGGUAACUAUUUCUUGUCACAUACAAACACACACACAACUACAGAACAGAUUCUGUUUCACUGAAAACAACAUGUUCUUACAAGUAUGACAACAAAUUCUGCUAUGUACAAUCAACAUUUAAAGCAAGGGUGGGAAAUCUUUCUCUAAUACCCUUUUAACCUUGACGACAUUGAUUUACCCUUACAACCUUUUACAUAUAUUAUAAAACAUAAAUUUGGAAAUUGAGUAAUAGGUCUGUGCCUUCUGACGGCAGCAGCCCCCCUCCUCACUUUUCUGCUUUUCCCAUCACUUAUCCCACAAAUUGGGCCAAAGGAAUUGUUGCAGGACUCUUACUAUAUUCAUUAGUAGAAAGGGCACCCUGAUGUGCUAUAAAUUUUGGAAAGUGAUUUUUCUGCCUGCUCUCUGUGCAUUUGGACACCUCUUAAGAUCUUGUAGUCAAUUGUGCAUGGUCUGAAGAUCAAGAACAGGUUAUUGUCUAUAUCUGGAUAGAACUGGAGUCCAUUUUUAAUCACAAUGUUGGACUGAAUCUUUCAACACUGCACUGAUUUUGUGACUUCUUAGAAUUCCUGAUCAGUACCAGGAAAUCUCCCUCAAAUGCAACCCCUGCUUUCUCCUCUGGUCAAUUUCACUCUGAAGUGUGAGGUAUGGGAAAUGAUAUUGAGUUGGGGAACCUUUGGAUUUCCAGAUGUUCUUAGACUACAGCUGUCAUCAUCUCUGACCCCUGGCAGGGCAACUGGGGCUAAUAAGAGUUGGACAGAGUGACAGGUUGCUCACUCCUGGUCUAGAGGGUUCACUAGAUUGAAAUGUUCUUGGGAGAGAGACCUCCAGGCUCAAAAUGUCAGACUGGGAAGAAAUUGAGAGCAAAACCAAAGUCGCAGGAGAUUUUGAGAGAGAUAAAAUUAUAUCAAGUACAAUAUAUGGAAAUGAUGACUCAGGAAAUAGAAUGGAAAAUUAAACAAAUGAGACAAAAAACAUUUGAAUCAGCUAACAAAUGUGGGAAAUUGCUGGCCUGGCAAAUGAAAAAAAGACAAAAAUUAAAUACUAUUACAAACCUAGAAGUGGAAGGAAAGAAUAUACACAACCCAACUGAGAUUAGAAACUGUUUCCAGAGGUACUUUAAACAAUUAUACACACAAGGGCCACAGAAAGAAAUGGAUAUAGACCGAUUUUUGAAGACAAAUGGAUUACAAAAAAUCUCUCAAGAAAGCAAAUUAAUGUUGAACUAAAAAAUAUCUGAACAGGAAGUAGAAGGUGCCAUUCAAAACAUGCAAUUGGGCAAAUCUCCAGGACCGGAUGGGCUGACUUCUAGAUACUAUAAAUCUUUGAAAGAGUGGUUAGUACAACCUUUGAAGGAAGUCUGCAAUGAAAUAUUGGAAGGGAAAAGGGCACCAGAGUCGUGGAAAGAGGCGUACAUUACACUUAUACCGAAAACAGAGACUGAAAAGACUCAGCUUAAGAACUACCGCCCUAUAUCGUUACUUAAUGUGGAUUACAAAAUUUUUGCAGACAUUUUGGCCAAGAGAUUGAAAAAGUAUUGAUGGAAGAGAUUCAUAAAGACCAAGCGGGCUUUCUCCCGGGAAGACACUUGUCUGAUAAUUUGAGGAAUAUAAUUGAUAUUUUGGAAAGAUUAGAAGUGAAUAUAAAUACUAAAGCAGUUCUGAUAUUUGUGGACGCGGAGAAAGCCUUUGACAACAUCUCUUGGAGUUUUAUGAAGAAGAACCUACAGGGGAUGGGGGUAGGCCAAGGUUUUGAAAAUGGUAUAGGUGCAAUAUACUCUGAACAAAAGGCUAAAUUAAUUGUAAAUAAUGUGGUGACGGAAGAAUUUAAGAUAGAAAAAGGGACACGACAGGGGUGCCCAAUCUCCCCACUGCUUUUUAUAUCGGUCCUGGAGGUUCUGCUGAAUAUGAUUAGAAGGGACCGGUUGGUUAAAGGCAUACAGGUCGGAGCCAAACAGUACAAACUGAGAGCAUUUGCAGAUGACUUAGUAUUGACGUUACAGGAGCCAGAAUCUAGUACUAAAAGGGUUUUAGAACUAAUUCAAGAAUUUGGUCAAGUGGCAGGAUUUAAACUGAACAAGUUAAAAACUAAGGUUUUAGAGAAAAAUUAACACCGAUUGAAAGAGAGAGGUUUCAGAAUGAGACAGGUUUGACUGUGGUUAAGAAAGUGAAAUACCUGGGGAUUAAUAUGACAGCCAAAAAUGGGAACUUAUUUAAAGAUAAUUAUGAAAAAUGUUGGACGGAAGUGAAAAAGAUUUAGAAACUUGGUCAAAUUUGAAGCUUUCACUGUUGGGUCGUAUUGCUGUGAUAAAAAUGAAUGUAUUGCCUAGAAUGCUGUUUUUGUUUCAAACAUUGCAAAUUGUGGACAAGAUGGAUUGUUUCAAGAAGUGGCAGAGAGAUAUUUCUAGAUUUGUCUGGCAGGGCAAGAAGCCCAGAAUAAAAUUUAAGAUAUUAACUGAUGCAAAGGAAAGAGGUGGAUUUGCCCUGCCAGACUUUAAACUUUACUAUGAAUCAGCAGCUUUUUGCUGGUUGAAAGAAUGGCUACUUCUUGAAAACACAGACAUUUUGGACCUAGAAGGUUUUAACAAUGUAUUUGGAUGGCAUGCAUAUCUGUGGUAUGACAAGGUCAAAGCGCAUAAAGCAUUUAAAAACCAUAUUGUCAGGAAAGCAUUGUUUAAUGUUUGGAUAAGAUACAAGGAUUUAUUGGAAAACAAAACCCCAAGGUGGCUGUCACCGAUGGAAGCGAAAGCUCUGAAAAGGCUCAAUAUGGAGGCCAAUUGGCCGAAAUAUUGGGAAAUUUUGGAACAAGAUGGAGAUAGACUGAAACUGCAGAGUUUUGAGAAACUAAAAAUAAAGUGCGAGACUGGCUUCAUUAUUAUCAGAUAAUGGAGGCAUAUAAUUUGGACAAGAAAAUUGGCUUCCAGGUGGAAAAAUCAAAAUUAGAAACAGAACUGUUAGAACCCAAAACUAAGAUUUUGUCAAAGAUGUAUAACUUGCUGUUGAAAUGGAAUACUCAGGAUGAAACGGUGAAAUCUGUUAUGAUUAAAUGGGCACAAGAUUUUGGACAUAACAUUAUGUUUGCUGACUGGGAACAGUUGUGGACCACAGGUAUGAAGUUUACGGCAUGUAAUGCUUUAAGAGAGAAUAUUAUGAAAAUGAUAUACAGGUGGUACAUGACCCCAGUCAAGCUUGCAAAAAUUUAUCACCUGCCCGAUAACAAAUGUUGGAAAUGUAAAGAAACUGAAGGUAUAUUCUUUCACCUUUGGUGGAUGUGCCCAAGGAUUAAGGCUUUCUGGGAAAUGAUAUAUAAUGAACUGAAAAAGGUAUUUAAAUUUACCUUCUUGAAGAAACCAGAGGCCUUUCUCCUGGGCAUAGUCGGCCAAUUGGUGCCAAAGAAGGAUAGAACCUUUUUUAUGUAUGCCACAACAGCAGCAAGAAUACUCAUUGCAAAGUAUUGGAAGACACAAGAUCUACCCACUUUGGAAGAAUGGCAGAUGAAGCUGAUGGACUAUAUGGAACUGGCAGAAAUGACUGGCAGAAUCCGAGACCAGGGAGAAGAGUCGGUGGAAGAAGAGUGGAAGAAAUUCAAAGAUUAUCUACAGAAAUAUUGUAAAAUUAAUGAAUGUUAGAAUGAUGUUGGAUAGAAAUUAAGUGGUUUCCAGCUGUAAUGCUUUAAGGGAAUAUGAAAAAGGGUUAUAAAUAGGUAAAAAUCUAAUGCUAUUAUUUUUAAGAUCAAGGAUUAGGAUAAUUAAAGAGGGUAAGGAUUUGCUGAACCAACAGACUGAAGUGGAAUACAAAAAAGGGAGGUACGAGGAGGUCCGGGAAACAAGCUAAAGGAAAAUAAGUAAUGGAAAAUCUGGGUGUUUUUAACCAUUUUUAUUUUGUAUUUUUGCUAUUUCCCCCCCACUUUUAUUGUAAUAUUUUAAAAAAUCUUAAUAAAUAUCUUACCAAAAAAAAACAAACAACAAAAAACAAAAUGUCAGACUGGGACUCUUAUCUGUGAAUGUAUCUGCAGGAAAUUUCAGUCAAGCAUAACUAGCAAGCAUUGGGCUAGUUAGUGCAUGAAGGGGUUAAAACCACAGAGUUAGAUUCCUACACUCAGCUAGGUCAUGCUCCCUUUCCUCAGGAGAGGAAGGAAGUGAUGCCUUCCCUCCCUCCCUCCCUAGCUCUCCAUGCAAUGUAACUGACCAAGGAGGAUGUGCCUAAGCUUGUUCUCCAAGCUUAGAACACGUGCUUGAAGCUACCGUAUCUUUCGCUCUAUAAGACGCACCUAGUUUUUAGAGGAGGAAAACAAGAAAAAAAAUAUUCUGAAUCAAAUGUUGUUGAAGAAAGCAACGCAAAGCUUCAGCGUAAGCAACGCAAAGCCUCUUCAGCGCAACGGGAGGAACGCUCCCGCUGCCCUGAAGAGGCUUCACACGGCUAUCCCAGAAGCUAGAACAAGAGGAAUCGCUGCGCAGCAAUCCCUCUUGCUGUUCUGGCUUCAGCGAUAGCUGCACAGCCUGCAUUCGCUCCACAAGACGCACACACAUUUCCCCUUACUUUUUAGGAGGGAAAAAGUGCAUCUUAUAGAGUGAAAAAUAUGGUAUCUUGCUGUAUUUUCUCCACAGAACAACACAUGUAUCAGACUUUUGAAUAGGUAAGUAAAUAAUUUUAAACUUAGCAGUGUGUGGUGUGUUCAAUGAGGUCUGUUGCUUCAGCGGACUAAACAGAACUUUUAAACAGGAUUAACAGUCUAUUCCUAUGCUGUACUGCUGCACAAGUUGUGACUUGAUUUUAAAUUCUGCUGGGGCUUUCUGUGUGCUAGCCCUGUGUUUUGAAUCUAGGUACCUGGUCAGUUCUUUUGUUGUUCACCCACACAAGUGAGUCCACAGGGAUUCAUAUAUUAAUUCCCCCACAGCAUCUUCUCUUCGUAUGUUCUUACUACACAUUUGUAUGGGAGGGCAAGGGGAUUGUUGAGUACUGAAAGCUGUCCAUCUUCCCUUCCAGGUCCAAAGAUGAGGAGGAAGUGGGGCAUGAGUUGGUUAAUCACCCCAACAGUUGCUCACCGGAAAAAAUUGCUCUGAUCAAGAUUACGGGAAAAUGGGAAGGUAUUGGGGGCAAACAAGGGAGCGGGAAAAUACGUUGAACUCAGAGACUUGCUAGUGCUCAGGGGCAUGGCAAGGGGUGUGUAUGUGGGGGGUGCGGUCCGUCCUGGGUGUCAUGCCUAGUGUGUGUGUGACAAAACCCGCCUCCCAGGUGGAUUGGCAUGGUGGCGCUCGCACCCCCGGUGGGUGGAUUUUAGUGAUUGGCCAAGACCUCUGACCUGUAUCAGAACGCCAUCAUGCACUGAACUGUGAUGCAUUACAAUAGGCACUCUAGACUCCCUUCUGUUAUUAAGGCUAGCCAAUUGAUCAAUCAAUUCCUGCAAAGGGGCUCCAUCCAGUUGCUCCAUUUGACACCCAGCUUCUAGCAAAUGAUGCCCAAACUGAUCCCUAAUACCCAAUCCAUCUAGUCCUGUUCUCAACAGUAGUUGACAUCUAGUCCUGUUCUCAUUAGAAGCCUAGUUGGGGGAAAAACCAUAGCUCAGACCUAGAGCAUCUGCCUUGAAUGCAAAAGGUUCCAGGUUCAAUUCUCAGCAUCUCUAGGUAGAGCUGGGGAAUAGACAACCCUGUUUGGAACUCCAGAGAACUGCUGAAUAGACAAGAUUGUUCUGUAUGGACCAAGGUAUAAGGCACCUUCCUCUGUUUCCAUCCAUGCACAUCUCCUUCCAGGAGCACCUUCCGGGGGUGUGGCCUGGGGAGGAGGCGUGGCCUAGGGAGAACCUUGAGGACCAGUUCAAGAGGACCUUGGGUCUCAGUUCUGCACCUGUAAGACAGGUUUCUGAUUAGAUCGAGCUGGGCUUGUUUUUACGUUCAUCAAAUCUCCACUUUCCCUCUGUCCUGCAGGAAGUAUAAUUCUGGAUCCAAGCACAGCAUAUCCAUACCUCAUUGUGUCUGAUGACCUGAAAAGCGUGAGAUGGGGAGACAGAAAGCAGGAUGUGCCUACGAGCCUUGAGAGGUUUCACUUUGAUCCCUGUGUCCUGGGCUGCGAGAGAUUUGAUUCAGGAAAACAUUGGUGGGAGGUGGAGGUGGGGAUGGAGGUUGAGGAGGAAGAGGCUGAGUGGGCUGUGGGGGUUGUACGAAAAUCUUUCCAGAGGAAUGCGGAGAGCAGCCUUAGUACUUAUUGUGGGAUCUGGACUGUGGGAAAGGAGAGGAAUUCUGGCCAUGGCUCAUUGAGUGACUCUCUUCCCCCCUGUUGCCUCUGGGCUUUUACUUCUCCCAAGUGGACCAUUUUGAGACUGGAACUUCUGCCCAGGAAGAUCAAGGUGUCCCUGGAUUAUGAAAAGGGAGUUGUGGAGUUUUUCGAUGCUGAUUUGGACAAACCAAUCUUCAAAUUCUGUUCAGCCUUAUUUAACAGGGAGAUGGUUAUUCCCUAUUUGCGGGUAGGACGUGGUGUCACCCUGAAAUGCUCUUGAGGAGAAAGCCACAUCUCUGCAUCAAUGGGGCAAAUGGUUCUCACGAAUGACUACUGGUUCCUGAACAUGCAUUGCUGAAUCUUUUAUCUGCGGGCCAGGAGUUGGGAUGUGUCUAGCCAAAGGCAAGGCGGUUCUUUUAAAAUUCAGAAGUAAUACAGAAUACACAAGUGAGUGAGAAGAUUAAAGGUUUUAUUCCAAAACAGCAAGCGAUGUAUACAUACCAAGCAAGCACUUCAACCUGCCAAUUGGAAGCCCUCAAGAAGCAGUGAAGCAACCUGCCUCCCCCGUAGCCUCAGUUGACACAGCCCUGCGGACGAUCGGUCCGUGCACGAGCUUCAGAGAAACUCUGCCCAAACCACCAGAUUUUAGACGUAGGAGUGCAAAUAUCCAGAGUGUGGGGUCAGGUGGGAUUACUAUGAGGAAUUAUAAAAUAUGCAUCAAGCCAUUGUGUCCACGAUGAAUGCAUUGUGUUGACUGGGUUUGAGACAUUGACAAUAAUUUCUUAUCAAAUCCCACAACCCUCUGCAUCUCUGGCCAUUUCCUCUACUGUCCAUUUCUCUUGCUUGACAAGUCACGUACUGCAGACAGGCAUCCUGGGUCAUCAAAGAAAGUGGGCAGUUUCUUUGAUGUAGCUUUUCUGAUAUGUUAAUCUUUGGAUGUUAAUCUUAGGGCCAGAAGACAGGUCUCACAUAAAGGUGAUAAUGAUCGCUGUCCUCCUGGCCAUCCUUCUUAUCAUGUGUAUUGAUUGUUUAUGACCUCCGGGGUUGCUGAAUGCACUCCUUUGUAGUUUUCAUUCAUUUACCCCAAAAGUAUGCAUGCUUAACUAGGGUUUGUAGUUUAACUUUGUCCCCACGUGGGGUUUGUUGAAAUGCUCAGAAGAAAUCUGAUUGGUUCUAACGAACGCUCUGUAAAAAGUUCUUUUGUGAAUAAAACGACCUGGGCCGGAGGGAGAGACACAGAGAUUAUUAUACGCACCCUUCCCAGAGUCUUGCUGGUUCAAGCCUCUGUGUGUAUUCUUAUUAAUCAGAGUUCAAUCCUUCCUUUACUUUGAGAACGCCUCAUUUAUAGACAAACCUGUGCAGCUUUCAAGACUGGCUGCGUGCGGAUCAUCCAUUAGCCACCCCCUCCCAAUGCCUCACUUUCUCAGAACAUGUCAAACAUGAAAGAAGGUAGCCAGUACUACCCUCCCAAACUGAUAAGGCAGCUGGGAGGCGGGGCUUCACCUCCUCCCAACGUUCCCAAAACAUUUAAGACUGUUCUCAAAACAUUUGAGAGAGGGGAAGGGGGAAGGAAGGGCUCAGUGUCAGACCACUAACUGCUCAAUACAUUUUGUCUUCCGGAUGCAUUUCCCAUACAGGAUGUUGGAGGAAUCCAUUGAAAAGGGACUAUCAAAUGGAUUACCUUCGGUCUGCCUCUUGGACCUCUAUCACAGCAUAGUUUCUCUACCAAACACAUUUUUUUAAAAAAAGAACCCUAAUGGCUAGAAAGCAGCUUCCUAUGGCUACCCAUGCCAGUCUCGCCAUGCAUCUGUUAUAUUUUUAAUUUCAUAAAAUUUGUAGACUGCUUGAUUGUGAAAAAAACAACAACCCCAAAGUGUUUUGCAAAAGAACCUUCUGUGCCUGCCUUACUGCAGUUUGCAAUAAACUUUUUCUACUUUCCACCUCAUCUGUCUGGAAAGUACAAAAAGAUAUCCCAAAAAAUUUAAGAGAAAUAUUUUUAUGCGCUACGGCAGCAGCCCGAACAUUAGUAGCAAAGAACUGGAAAGGGGAAAAUGUUCCAACUAUAAUGGAUUGGCAGAAUAAGUUACAAGAAUAUGUGGAAAUGGCACAAUUGACCAACAGCCUAAGGGGCAGUUCAAGACAAGAAUUUGCACAAAAGUGGGCUAAAUAUAAGAGAUAUGUACAAAAAUAUACAGUGGUUUUUCAUCUACGGCAGCAUUUGACUGACCUUGGAUAAAGAAAUAUAUGAGAAAUAAGAGCAACAGUAUAAAUUUCUAUAAGAAUGUAUUAGAGAAUAUAUAAAGAAUAGAUUAAUAAUGGCAGGUACAUUCACUAUUAGAAUAAAAUCAUACAACGGGAAUUGACAGGAAGUCCAAAGUCCUUAUGAUAUUUUUUGUUAAUAAUCUUUGCUAAUAAUCUUUGUUAAUAAUUGCAUAAAAAGUAGCAUAAAUACAGAUGAAGCUUAAGGUUCAUAACUAUGUAAGAAAGGAUAUGUUGUUUUUUUCAUUUUUUGUGUACAUGAUUGAAAUUUCAAUUUACUUUAAGAGAUGCACUAUGUAUAUGUAGUGUAUUGUAAAACUUAAAAAAGCUUGUUACAUGUUU